CCCAUGCUACUCCACUCGCGCUUAAUUACUACCAGCUACACCAAUCUUUCCUCCCACCUUGCCUGUAAAUCGUGCAUAAAAAAUCGUGCAAAAUCGUUCAUCAACUGUGAGAACAUAAAAAUUCAAAGAAAUAAAAAAUGGAGAAAUCGGGCUAUGGCCGCGACGGCGUGUACAGAUCCUUGAGGCCGCCGUUGUUCGCCCCGAAAGACCCAAACCUCUCCAUGGUCUCCUUUCUCUUCAGAAACGCCUCCUCUUUCCCCCACAAACGCGCCCUCAUUGAUUCACACACCGGCGAGACCUUAACUUUCGCCCAGCUCAAAUCCGCCGUCUCCAAAGUCGCCCACGGCUUGCUCCAGCUGGGCAUCAGCAAGAACGACGUCGUCCUGAUCUUUUCCCCCAACUCGAUUCAGUUCCCCAUCUGCUUCUUGGGGAUCGUCGCCGUCGGAGCUAUUGCCACCACAGUAAAUCCUAUGUACACCGUCUCUGAAUUAUCUAAACAGGUACACGAUUCCACGGCCAGGCUCAUCAUCACCGUCGAGGAUUUGCUACUCAAGGUUAAGGAUUUCAGCCUGCCAGUUGUUCUACUAAAUUCCGCAUCGAAAUCGAGUUCGCCUGUUGGGAAAAUCCCAUCGAUAACCCUAUUCACCGAGCUCGUGAAUAACGGAGGGUCUGUAAAUUUAGACAGUAAUUUUGGUAAAAUCAAGCAAGAUGAUGCUGCUGCAUUGUUGUACUCUUCGGGGACCACGGGCACGAGCAAAGGCGUCAUACUUACUCAUGGAAACUUCAUUUCCGGCGCAUUAAUGGUGACCUCCGAUCAAGAAUCCGCAGGGGAAUCGGAUAAUGUUUUCCUUUGUUUCCUGCCGAUGUUCCACGUGUUUGGUCUGGCUGUGAUCCUGUACUCGCAGCUGCAGCGGGGCAAUGCUGUGAUCUCUAUGUCGAGAUUUGAUCUUGAGUUGAUCUUGAAAAUGGUGGAGAAAUACAGAGUUACACAUAUGUGGGUCGUGCCGCCUAUUGUUUUGGGCUUGGCCAAAAGUCCGGUGGUUAAAAAUUAUGAUCUUUCGUCUUUGAAGCAGAUUGGGUCUGGAGCUGCCCCGCUAGGGAGGGAGUUGAUGCAGGAGUGUGCCAAGAAUUUUCCACGGGCCGUUGUUAAUCAGGGUUAUGGAAUGACUGAAACCUGUGGCAUUGUCUCUAUAGAGAAUCCAUACGCAGGCCCUCGACAUACUGGUUCGGCUGGAUUACUUGUUCCAGGAGUCGAGAGUCAAAUAGUUAGUGUUGAUAAAUUAAAGCCUCUUCCUCCAGGCCAACUGGGAGAAAUAUGGGUGCGAGGGCCCAAUAUGAUGAAAGGUUAUUUCAACAAUCCAAAAGCUACUAUGCAGACAAUAGAUAAGCAGGGAUGGGUGCAUACUGGGGAUCUUGGAUAUUUUGAUGAAGAAGGUCAGCUAUUUGUCGUCGACCGUAUUAAAGAGCUCAUUAAGUACAAAGGUUUUCAGGUUGCACCAGCAGAGCUAGAAGGACUGCUUGUGUCCCACCCUGAAAUAUCAGAUGCUGUUGUUAUCCCGUUUCCUGAUGCUGAAGCUGGUGAAGUCCCAAUUGCUUAUGUUGUCAAGGCUCCUAAUAGCUCACUCACUGAGGAGGAUAUCAAGAAGUUUAUAGCAGACCAAGAUCCUCUUAUAUACAUAGCUUUUAGGACAGCUAUAGAAAAUAAAGAAGAGUCCAGGUGCUCCGGCGAGCCUCCGAUCACCACCAACCACAACAAGGUGAACCAGCUCCCAUUUUCCCUCUGUCUUUCAAACUUUGACUUCACUUCGCUUCGUUCGUUCCCUCAACUCAGAGAAAGUUUGACUAGUUGGAUUAGACUUCCCUUGCGUCAACGCUGGGGGAAUGGGGAAGGCUCGCGUAUUCCUAUUCUUGUUAUGGGAGACUGUCCCUCGCGGCGAAAAAGGAAAGACGCAAAAGCGCCCGAAUGCUCCGAUCCAGGAAGCAACCCAGCGGAAUUAAUAAGCUUGGAACCAACCACCGUCGGCGUUGUAUGA